CCGUGUGUCAGACUCCGAAAAGCCACGAAGAAGAAAAAGAUGGCGCGCUGCUGGAUGUAAACACGGAAGUGUGUUUGUGUUUCUCUUCUGAGUGUUUCUCUUUCUCUGAUGUGAAGAUGAGAAGAAGAGGAGGAGGAGAGGAAGAGGAGGGCUCAGCUGUGCGGACACACUGAAGCUCCAUCUCAAGUACCUGAUCCAGCCUGACCUGAACCAGUCUAGUCUCACCUGAUCCGGUCUGGUGUGGUCUUUGCGGUCUCAUCUGACUGGUCUGUGCGGCACAGGAAGUGAUGGCGGGUCGAGGCCGGGGGCGGGGCCUCAGGCUGAUGAGCUUCAGCGUGGAGGCCGUCGGCAUCAACAGAGGAGACAGUUUACCUCCAUCCAUCCAACAACCCACACCUGUGUACCCUGUGAUGGAGCAGAAGCCCCUCCCCCUCACAGGUGGAGAGGAGGCGGAGUAUCUGUUGGCUCUGAAACAAGAGUUCAGAGGAGCGAUGAAGAGUCUGCCCUGCUUCAUCCAACCAGCUGCUGCUGUCAGAGAUGUGGAGAGAUACUCAGACAAAUAUCACCAGAGCGAGCAGACGGACCCGAUUACAGAGUGGACUCCAGACUGGAAGAGAUUUCCUAAAGAACUACGAGUCAGGAGACCUGCACCAACAGGUGUCUCAGCGGGCGCUCGCUCUGAGAAAGUUCAGCCGUCUCAGAAGAAGAAACGAGUGAAAGAGAAAGAGGAAGUUCUUCUCAAACUGGAGACUCUGGAGAAGAAGGAGGAGCGAGGGAGCGAGGGGGAGGAGGAAGAGGAGGAGGGAGAGCAGAAGAAGAAACAGGAGGAAGAGGAGGCCGAGGGAGAGGAGGAGUAUGAUGAAGAAGAGUUUGAAGAGGAGACGGACUACGUCAUGUCGUACUUUGAUAACGGCGAGGAGUUUGGAGGAGACAGCGACGAAAAUAUGGACGAGGCCGUUUACUGAAACAGCUGCACCUGUUUUUAUCCCUUUUUAUCUGUGUGUGUGUGUGUGUGUGUAAGAGCGUGUGUGUGUUUGUGUGAGAGCGUGUGUGUGUUUGUGUGAGAGCGUGUGUGUGUGUGUGUGUGUGUGUGUGUGAGACUGUGUGUUUGUGUGAGAGUGUGUGUGCACAGAGAAGCCGUCCAUCAGCUGUUUUGGAACAGAGGAACGUUUGUGUCGUGUUUAUCUUUAAAGAACUUUUGAAUCUUUUGUAUCGAUGUUUUAUUGGUUUUAAUGUUCUUAUGGAAAAAAAGAGAAACGUGUUGAAAAUAAAAAUCUACAACAUGAGGAGA